AUGAACGCCGCCAAAUCCAAUAUGGAAAAUCUCAACAAAGAAGAUGUUCAAUUGCUAUGCUCCUAUCGCAGGAUUUAUGCUCCUAUCGUAAAGCAAUCUAGGUCUUUGGAUUUCACCGUGGUAAAAGAGCUUGUCAAGGUCUUCUGGCUCAAGGCAUUGAGAAAGCUGAAAUCACGAAAGGACUUACCCGUUUGA